GCCAUAUUGAAAUCGCCAGAACGGGAACGCGCUGACUGCAUAGUCUGUAUCCACAACACAGCAUAUUGGGACUAUGACGCAGACAGUGCAGACGAACGGGGUGCAACCCCUCAGUAAGACCUGGGAACUCAGUCUGUAUGAGUUACAGAGGACUCCACAGGAGGCCAUCACAGAUGGGCUGGAGAUAGCCGUGUCCCCCAGGAGCCUCCACAGUGAGCUGAUGUGUCCCAUCUGUCUGGACAUGCUGAAGAACACCAUGACAACCAAGGAAUGUCUGCACCGCUUCUGUGCCGACUGCAUCAUCACCGCCCUCCGAUCAGGCAACAAGGAAUGCCCUACGUGCAGGAAGAAGCUGGUGUCUAAGCGGUCCCUGCGGCCGGACCCUAACUUUGAUGCCCUCAUCAGUAAGAUCUACCCCAGCAGAGAUGAGUACGAGGCCCACCAGGAGAGGGUUCUGGCCCGCAUCUCUAAACACAACAACCAGCAGGCCCUGUCCCACAGCAUCGAGGAGGGCCUCAAGAUACAGGCCAAGAACAGGCUGCAGCGAGGGAAGAAGCACCAGCUGGAAAACGGCAGCGGGGCGGAGGACAAUGGUGACUCCUCCCACUGCAGCAAUGCCUCCGUCCACUCCAACCAGCAGGAGGCGGGGCCGAGCAUCAAGCGUACCAAGACGUCAGAUGACUCUGGUCUGGACAUGGACAACGCUACAGAGAACGGAGGGGGAGGUGACGUGGCCAUGGACGGAGCCAGCGAGAUAGAGCUGGUGUUCUGUCCUCAUCCUACGCUCAUGGACAAGGAGGACACCGUGCAGACCAGUGUUGAGUUUGUUCCCAGGUACAUCAAGACGUCGGGUAACGCCACAGUGGACCACCUGUCUAAGUACCUGGCUGUGCGUCUGGCUCUGGAGGAACUGAGGAAGAACGGAGAGGCCAGCCCUGUCAAUGUAGACGCUGCCUCAGAGAAACAAUACACCAUUUAUAUCCCUACAGCCAACGGCCAGUUCACGGUGCUGAACGGCUCUUUUUCUCUGGAGCUUGUCAGUGAGAAGUACUGGAAGGUGAACAAGCCCAUGGAGCUGUACUUCGCCCCCACCAAGGAGCACAAGUAGACCGCCUGGAGUACACCUGGGGGGGUAGACCGCCUGGAGUACACCUGGGGGGGUAGACCGCCUGGAGUACACCUGGGGGGUAGACCGCCUGGAGUACACCUGGGGGGUAGACCGCCUGGAGUACACCUGGGGGUAGACCG